CACUCUACCUCUCCGUUGUCUGUAGGUACACCCUCUGCUUGUGUGUGUGUGUCGGGGUGGUCGAAGCGUGUCCGUGUGCUCGUGCGGGCUGAAAGCAGGCGGAUCUCGGAUGUGUCUCGAAGCUCUUAAUCAAGGUUUUGCUGUUUUUUGGUGUCGUGCGAGGAGCCCUAGCUGGAGCAUCACCAUUCUGGAUAUAAUAUAAUAUCUGGAUAUAAAUCUACUUUCAUUAUCAAACCGGACGGGCAGAUCGUUUAAAGAGCAGGAAGGGAGGGGUUGGAUGGCUUUCGCUUGCAGACAUUCUAGGUGUUUUCUGCUCUGGGAUCGUGCACUGAGCGGAUAUUAAGCCGGGAAUGUGGAACCAGAAGGGGAGGAGUCUACAGCACGACUCCCUGUGAACCCGCCUCCAUCCGAAAAGAGCAGAGAAGCAUUUACUGCCCGUAACCGGUAGGAUGGUAGCUGGGGAAGUGAGUGGGCACAGCUUCCUGGUGGCAUGCUGGCAGCCCAUUCUGAUCUUGAUGCUGGGCACGGUGCUGUCUGGCUCCGCCACAGGGUGCCCGUCACGCUGCGAGUGCAAUGUUCAGGAGCGCGCUGUCAUGUGCCACCGCAAGAAGCUGAUGUCCGUUCCGGAGGGGAUCCCACUGGAAACAAGACUCCUGGACCUCAGCAAGAAUCGUAUCAAAACCAUCAACCCGGAUGAGUUCUCCACCUUCCCGCACCUGGAAGAAUUAGAGCUCAAUGAAAACACCAUCUCGGCCAUUGAGCCCGGUGCUUUUAACAAUCUCUACGGCCUGCGGACUCUGGGACUUCGCAGCAAUAAGCUUAAGCUUAUUCAGCUGGGGGUGUUUACAGGGCUCAGUAACCUAACAAAGCUGGAUAUCAGUGAAAAUAAGAUCGUAAUUCUGCUGGACUACAUGUUUCAAGACCUGUAUAACCUGCGUUCUCUUGAGGUGGGGGAUAAUGACUUGGUCUUCAUAUCCCACCGGGCGUUUCAUGGCCUCAGCAGCUUGGAGCAGCUUACGCUAGAAAAGUGCAACCUGACCUCUGUCCCGACCGAGGCCUUCACGCACCUUCACAGCUUGGUCACGCUGCGUUUACGUAACCUCAACAUCAACAGUAUCAGAGACUACAGUUUUAAACGGCUCUACCGCCUCAAAGUGUUGGAGAUUGCCAACUGGCCCUACUUGGAUACCAUGACCACCAACUGUUUGUAUGGAUUGAACCUAACAUCCCUAACGAUUACUAAUGCGAACCUGACUACGAUUCCCUACUUGGCUUUGCGGCAUCUGGUUUACCUUCGGUUCCUCAACAUGUCAUACAAUCCCAUCCAGAUAAUUGAAGGGAACCGGCUUCAUGACCUACUCAGGCUGCAGGAGUUUCACCUUGUGGGUGGCCGGCUGAUGAUGAUAGAGCCCUAUUCCUUCAGAGGAUUGAACUACUUAAAAAUACUCAAUGUCUCCAGCAACGCCCUGACCACCCUAGAGGAAUCAGUAUUCCAUUCAGUGGGCAACCUGGAGACCCUCGCGUUGUACGAUAACCCACUGGCUUGCGACUGCCGCCUGCUCUGGGUUUUCCGGCGCCGUUGGAGGCUCAACUUUAACCGCCAACAGCCCACUUGCUCCUCCCCCGAGUUUGUUCAGGGUAAAGAGUUUAAAGACUUCCCAGAUGUCCUUCAGCCCAAUUAUUUCACUUGUCGUAAAUCAAGAAUCCGAGACCGCAAGCCGCAACAUAAGUUUGUUGACGAAGGCACCACCAUUCACUUCGUGUGCCAAGCAGAUGGAGACCCGACACCCGUCAUCCUUUGGAUGUCCCCACAGAAACAGUUCAUCACCACCAAAACGAUAGGACGGCUCACUGUUUUCCCAGACGGAACUCUGGAAGUGCGUUACGCUCAGAUUCAGGACAACGGUACAUACGUAUGCAUUGCCAGUAAUGCAGGUGGAAAUGACACAGCUUUGGCCCACCUGCACGUCCACAGUUACUCCCCAGACUGGCCCAGUCAACCCAACAAAACCUUGGCGUUUAUCUCCAACCAGCCCGUUGAUAACGGAGCCAAUGGAACGAAAGCAACCGUCCCCUUCCCAUUUGAUAUAAAGACGCUAAUCAUUGCCACCACAAUGGGUUUCAUCUCCUUCCUGGGUGUAGUUCUGUUCUGCCUGGUUCUGCUUUUUCUGUGGAGCAGAGGUAAAGGUAACAGCAAACACAACAUUGAGAUCGAGUACGUCCCACGCAAGUCGGACGCUGGGAUGAGCAGCAGCGGCGCGGAUGCCCCUCGAAAAUUUAACAUGAAAAUGAUAUAACCAAGCCAGGGAACUCAAAAGACCCUUUUAACAACAAACUCAUAAAGACAGAAAUGAGAUUCCCCGCCUGAACAACCUCUGGCUCUGAAGAGCUCCCCAAAGAGAAGUCGUGUUUUUCUCUCUCUUAACUCUAAAGACGGAUGUGAGACGCAGGGGUCUGCGCUUUUGUUCAAUAUUGAACACCAGAGAUGAGGGAAAUUCUUCUCCUGCGCACUCCUCUUUGAU